AGGUGUCCGUCUUGGAGUAGUCGACUUUUAAAAAGCAUCCGCAACCCCUGAUAUGACAACUUCACUGGUUCUGCAUCCACGCUGGGCGGACACCUUGAUGUACGUUUAUGAAAAAAGCCCGAAUGAAAAUAAUCUGAAUAAAAACCAAACAAUGGAGGGAUUGAGCGGGAAUUGCCCGGCGACCCAUUGCAGGGACCUAAUGUCGCACCCUGGGUUGGGGCGACAUUCGGGCACUAUAGCGACCCAUCAGGGCUCUAUGUACUCGGAUAUAUCUUCCCCAGACACCGGCCGACAGUGUCCUGCUCCCCAAACCUCCUCCAGUCCAUCUCUGAGCUACGGUUAUCCGUUUGGAAACCCUUAUUACGGUUGUAGGUUAUCUCACUCGCACAACGUGAACUUGCAGCAGAAGCCCUGCUCGUACCACCCUGCAGAGAAAUAUGGCGACCCCACCAGCACCGCUUUGCCCACCGAAGAGCUGUCUAGCAGGGCAAAAGAGUUCGCCUUCUACCCCAGUUUUGCUAGCUCAUACCAAGCGGUUCCUGGAUAUCUAGAUAUGUCUGUGGUGCCCGGGAUCAGCCACCCCGAACCCAGGCACGACGCGUUGAUUCCUAUGGAGGGCUACCAGCACUGGGCUCUGUCGAAUGGCUGGGAUGGGCAGGUGUACUGUUCCAAGGAGCAAACACAGUCCACUCAUCUUUGGAAAUCUUCAUUUCCAGACGUGGUCCCUUUGCAGCCUGAGGUCAGUAACUACCGUCGUGGACGUAAGAAGCGGGUUCCCUACACCAAGCUCCAACUGAAGGAGCUGGAGAAAGAGUACGCUGGCAGCAAGUUCAUCACCAAAGACAAGAGAAGACGCAUCUCUGCCGGGACCAACCUCUCAGAGCGCCAAGUCACAAUUUGGUUCCAGAACCGACGGGUGAAAGAGAAGAAAUUUGUCAGUAAAUCCAAGACUAGUAAUCAUAUGCAUACUACUUGAUAGAUUCCCGGCCCAUUCUACACUGCAGCUGAUAUCCAUCCCACCAUCUUCCAAUCCAUGAUUUACCUCUUAGCGACAACCAAGCCAGAAGAACACGUCGGCAGUGUAUUUCAAUUCAAUUCCAAUGGUCAACACACUCCACGCUACAAUCCCUCUUUUUUCGAUUUACAGAAAGAAAUGCUCUAAAAACUGUGAAAAUAUUGAGAAAUCAGUUCAACUUUGUUUUAUAUGAAUGUACAUAUAUAAAUAUAUAAUAUUUAAAACGAUAUUUGUAUUUCAAAAAGACACAAGGAUUGCGUGUUUUUUUCUCUCAAACCAAUCUCGCGAGGAAUAUUGACAUUUCCAAGACUUUUCAUCCAACAGACAGCCAGAUGAAAACAAGAUAUUUUCCUCAUGUCAUCAACAGAAAGUUAACUGAAAUAUGGACAUGAACUUGUCAGGGAGAACGAUAACUUCAAUUAACUCGAAAUUCUACACAUAAAAAACAAUGAGAUGUAUUUUCUUCAGCCAAGAACUCGCAGACUGGGUUUUUGCGGGGGCGACGGAUGAUACAAUGGUUCUUUAAAACUGCUCCCGUUCCGGAUUUCAGAAGCUAUAUAGGUUGUCCUCCUGUCUUUUCUGUCUUUCUUGUUAAUAGGGUAAAAGCAAGGCUGCUAUUGUUAUACAUGUACAGUGCAAUGCCUUCAUUAUUUAAUGCAUAUUAUCUCGUAUGACAGGGCUGUAAAUUGGAAUGUCUCAAACUCUUUGUGUUCCUUUAUCAGUGAAGGAUAAUGUCUGUCAUGCAACUUGAAUGAUUGUAAGCAAUUAAAGUCCGUGAAUAUUACACAUAAAUGAACAUUCGUUUUCUUUUGUUUUCUGUUUAUAGUGGGCUAUAUACAGUACAGAUCAUUAGGAGCUGUUCAGGUGCCUUGGAAGCAGACGGUCUUGUAACUGUAUCUCCUGCUGUAGGCUAUGUGCACUGU